AUGAAGGAAGAGAAGAGGUCUGAAGUAAGGAGAAAGGUAGCUGAAAAAUGGUGUAAUUUUGGCGUGAAAACAAAACUUCAGAAAACUGGCGUGUCAACAGAUGAACAAAGUAACCGCAACUAUAGACAGGUAAUUGAUCUUACUAACUCUUCAGAAGAUGAUACUGAUAUAGAGACUUCAAACAUGGCUGACAAUUGUGAAGUGAUUACAGAUAGCGCUGAACUAGAAAAUGAACAUAGUCAAUUUAAGCUAGUAGAAUCACAAUUGUAUGAACAGAAUGAGUCGAAUGAGUCGAAUAACUCAUUUACUAAAUCUCCUUAUUUUAUUAGGAUGAAGGAUAUUUUUGGAGAUAAUAGGCUCAAAACUUCCAUCUUAUUUAGUUUUCAAUUUGAGAUGAAUUUUCUAUUAAGUCAGUUCAACUUGGACACAAUUGAAAAUAUUUAUGUUAUUGCACAAAAGAAUACAGUAGUUCCUCCAACAUUAAAAAAAUUUAAUUCUGUCUUCGAUAGACUAAAUAUUGUCGAGUUUUAUAUGCCUCCAUUCAGCUGUCAUCAUUCAAAAAUGGUGAUCAAUAUAUAUGAGGAUAAAUCAUGUAAACUUUUCAUUCCUUCAAAUAAUUUUACAUUUUAUGAAACCAAUUUACCUCAACAAGUUUGCUGGGAAGGACCAACCUUACCUUAUGAUAUAAACUCCAAAAAUCAAAAGAUUUCAUUCAAAGAAAAUUUAAUUUCCUAUUUUCAAUCAUAUCCUAGUGAAGUGAAAAUUAUGAAUAGAACUAUAAUUCCAAUGAUCUCUAAUAUCGAUUUUUCGAAAUUGAAUAAUGUAGAAUUUUUGUAUUCAAGUCCUAAUGAUAAAGACUCAGGAAUAUCCAAACUGCUUUAUCUGCUGGAAAAGAACGAUUUGUUAGGCUGCUCCGAUGAUAUCAAUAAAAGGACACAUUUUUUGUGUCAAAGUUCAACAAUUGGAGGUUCAUUAUCGAAAACCGUUCCCCUUAAUAUUUUUACACAUUUAAUGAUCCCAGAAUUCUCCGGGAUUCAAAAAUCUAACAAAAAACUCAAAACAUCUCAGGAAUUGAUUGAUAUUUACAGAGAAAAACGUAUUUCACCAUAUAUCGUAUAUCCCACUGUAGAAGAGUUAAGGAAUUCACCUUCGGGUUGGAAAUGUUCGAAUUGGUUUCAUUUUAACUAUAAAAACAAAGCAGAAUAUUAUGAGGUUCUUGCUAAAGACUUCAAAUUAUUUUACAAGCAGAAAGAUCAAUUAACUUCGAAGUAUAGAAAGGCGACCCCAUCUCAUUCCAAAUUUUAUAUACGAUGUACAGAAAACGAUUCAAAAGUUCCUGCCAGGUUUUCUAAACUGGAUUGGUGUAUUUUUACCUCUUCAAAUUUAAGUUUCAAUGCUUGGGGCAAACUUUCUUCUAAGCCAAGAAACUAUGAAGUCGGCAUAUUAUUAUGUUCAAACGAAGGACAGCAAAUAAACUGUUCUAGUUUUUCAAGAAAAAUUGAUGAGCAUCAAGGUUGUAGUAGAUUAUCUGAUUCAAACAAUACAAAAAAUGACGGUAAAAAAAAUAUUAAUGUCAUGGUACCUUUCACUCUUCCAUUAGAACCUUAUGAUAUUAAGUACGAUACAGCAUUUUGCAUACAGAAAAGUUAUAAUCUGCCUGAUUGCUUUGGUGAAGUCAAUGAUCCGUAUUGA